GUCGACGUGAAGUCGUCUCGUUCUUCAUCUAACGUUGGCCUGGUGAAAAGGUGAUAAUUUACACGAUCAGGACCGCCGGUAUCGUCCACAGCACAGCCGGUUGCAGAUGUCCUGGCGCGCUGCAACGCUUCUACGUUCGAGAAACCGUGCUCUACCGCCGCAACUACGACCCCGAAUAAACGCCUCCAGUCCUCUUCGCUCGAUAUGCCGGCGCCAACUUAGCUCAAGCUCGAGGGCCUCGGUGCCGACCUCCAGAUUGACGCCGGGCAACGCGGUUGUCACUGCCCUAGCGGUUGCUGGUUCAGCAACUGUCUACCACCUCUUCAACGCGUCGCCAUUAGAGCCUAUACCUCUCACAUUCGAUACGACGUCAGCCGAAGACAAUUACACCUCACCCUUGGCUGACAUCACAUCCACUGUAUCCAAUUUCACGGGCACCAAUGUCGAUUUUUCGGCGAUACUCGACGGAAUCAGUGCAAACCUCUCAGACGAUAUCAUCGAGACCAGUUUGUGGGCACAUGCGGCAACCUUUUGCCCACCAGUAGGCGACGCGACCGGCAUUGCGAGGGUGGACGGGGCCUCCGUUCCAGUCCACAUGCCCCCAGAGGAUAACCUCACGUCGUCUUUCAUCCCACUCCCCACUCACACUAUGCACCUGUUUGGCGUCUUCGAUGGCGAGCAAGGAGGAGGCACCUCGUCAUUCCUGUCUUCGACUCUACUCAUCGCUUUGGCUGGCUCAAUGAUCGACUUGCUGAAGAAACAUGGAUACGGCAAUUUCGGAGAUUUCGAGGAGGCGGAAAGCGAGGUGUAUCUCAGCAGUGGCGACGGAGCAAGGACAACAUCAGACAUGGCGCCUAUUCCCUUCACCCCCGACAUAGUUCGCCCAAUCCCAGACGAUUCGGCGGUCGAGGAACUCAUUCGCAGUACGUUCUUGUUAGUGGACGAUUGGUUGGUUGUCGAGUCAGCUAGUGGCUUCCUCUCAACUGUCGAUGCGAGACGUGCUGAGUCCCUCUCGAAAGCACAAGCACCGUCCUCCGGUAAUGAAGCUUCCAAGGUCGCACCUCCCCUCACAGACGGCUUAGGCUUCAAGGAAGAAUCGACUCACACCCUUCGCGAUGGCCAGUCUGGGAGCAGCGCUCUUGUUGGUUAUUACGAAAGCGAUACGAAGAAGGUCCGGAUUGCCCUGGUGGGCGACUCGAGAGCUGUCUUGGGAAGGCCGGUUGUGAACCGACAGUACCGAGCGACUCCGAAUCCAAGAUCAUCCGUUGCUUCCGUUGCUGGAUCGACAUCACCAUCCUCGACACCUGUCACAAGAGAAGAGCCCACGGCUAUCGUUGAUCCGUCCAAGCCCUCCACCCCUCCUAGCGCUUGGUGGCCAUUCUCAUCUUCCCAAAAUUCAACUUCGCAGAACGAGGAGAGGUUCCUUGAGCCUCUCAGAAAGACCGAAUACCCCACGCUUUAUGAGGCGCAAGUCUUGACCGAGGAACAUACGUCUGCGAAUCCUGAAGAACGCGCCCGCAUCGUAGCCGAGCACCCAUCAUGCCAUCAGCACCUCUUCUCCCGAAACAACGAUCCCUACAGCACCCAUCCGAACGACGAGCGAUAUCUAGGCAUUCCGACGACGCGAGGAUUCGGCUAUGGCGCCCUGAAGUGGGGAAGGGAUGUCCAGGAGAGGCUGCAUCGGGAGUUUCUGGGUGACCAGCCGUUGAAGGAGUUUAGCGAAGGCAGGGUGCCCUGGCCGGAAGGUGCUCGAAAGGAGUCUGAGGACAGUGGUUCCGACUCUUCUUCAUCCUCAUCGCUGUCUCAUACGAUACCCGCCCCCAAGGUGUCGACACCAGGAGACCCAACAUACCUUCGAGCACUCCCGACGGUCACUACUCUCCCCGUCAAGCCUGGAGAUUUUGUGGUACUUGGGUCGAAGGGUCUAUGGGAGUGCUUGUCGAGCGACGAAGUAGUCGGGCUUGUCGGUGCUUGGGUAGAAGAGCGAAGGAGGGCGAUGGGUUCUAAAACAUCGGCCACACCCGAACCGGGCGCAGCCUCACUGGUUCGCGAACUCACCUCUCAACCACCCUCGUCGAACUCUCGUAAACUAGCUAGCAUACGGGACCCUGCCUCUCUUAUGGGCUUCAACUCGGACGGUGCUGACAGUGCCGUAUUGGGAACUAAUCUGGCGCUUCCUUUGCGCGGUGGAGCGCCAAAGCCAAAUCGACUCGUGAACCCUACUGAACUUCCAGUUGUGAGGGAGGGUGGUUGGUCUCCGAGGAGCGGCGUGGCUGCGAAUGAUGGAUGGAGGUGGACGAGAUCUUGGCGAGUAUCGAAGGAUAAGGUCAAGUACGUCGUGGAUGGAAGGGAUUUGGAGUGUGUCUCGGUACAUAUCCUUCGUAAUGCACUAGGUGGCGCGGAUAAGGAUCUUAGAGGAGGUUUGUUGGGUAUGGCCUCCCCUCGAGCUGCGAGGUUUAGGGACGACAUCAGCGUCCAGGUGAUAUUCUUUGAGUAA